AUGGCACGCAACGAGCGUACUCGUGCGCUCCGUGAAGUCGACGAGCGGUUGCCGAUCGGCCUCCCGAAUCUCGGCCACUCGUGCUUGGCGACCGCUCUUUUCGAGUUGCUGCUCUGCGACAGUGACUUUGUCGCAGACAUCCGGGCGUACGAAGAGCUGAUUGCCGAGGUCGGUGCCGCGCCCGAGAACGGUAAGUUGCCUACCUCGUCACGUCGACCAUAUCGCACCGCGGGCGGGCCCCUGCUCCCGCGACGAGGGAGCCACCGACGGCACUGACGUACUGACGCCUGCCCUGCGGCGUCGCCGGCCGCUCGCUCCCCACUGCCACAGCACGCGUCACUGCGGCAGUACAUGGGUUGCGCGCAGCCAUGGAGGACCAUGUACAGGGCUUUGCCCUGUUCCAUCAGUUCCUGCUCAACUGUGAGUAGGCAUCCCGCACCUAGUGCACUCGGCUAGGCUGCCGGCGGGUCUGGCAGUCGCGAUCUUCCAUCGCCCGCCCCGAGCGAAGCAAGCGCGCUAACCCUUCUUUUUUUUGCUUCCUUUUUUUUGGUUUCGUUUGUAUGACCGACGACAGCUCCUCACCUCCACGCCGAUGCCCUUGACGUUUUGCGGAAGGGACUCGGACAGGUCCGAGUUCCUUCCGUGACCCAGCACGUGGGGCUGGAAGAGGUGCAGGCCUGCGUGCCGUGCAUCGCGGCGAGGUUCCCCCACGUCGCUGGCAGGAUCCGCCGCCGUCACGGAUUUGCGCCCGGGGAGCUGCACACCAUCCCUCGCUAUUUUCAUCCAUUGGUAGCGGAACAUCCUCGGGUCAUCAUCGACGCCCCACCGUGUGUGGAUUCGCGGUAA